AUGUCAUCGAAGAGGAUCUCAUCCGGACGCCUCGCCGGCCUCGAUGCCGACGCCAUCACCGAGCGUCGGCGUCACCAGAACAAGCUCGCCCAGCGCCGGCUCCGAGCCAAGCGCAAGCUCCUCAUGCAGCAGGCCCAGGCCGCCCGGGUGGCUGCCAUGGCCGCCGCCUUCCGGUGCGAGGGCGGCCGCGGCUGGCACCUCGACCCUAUGGCCGCGCCCCACGUCGUCCAGACCCAGCACCACCAUCCCUGGCAGCGACAGUCGUGGUCCGGCCCCAUCCUCCAGAACGGCUUGGUCGAGGGCGGCCACGACUGGAUGCCCUCUGGCCCCACCAGCCUCAGCUUCGACGCCAGCGCUGGGCUGCAGGGCUUCCAGCCUCCCUACCUCGACCAUCGCAACAGCUAUGCAUCGUCGUCCGCCUCUUCGCUUGCGGCAUCGCACCCGGAUCACGCCUCGACUGGGGUCCAGGGGGUCUACACGACGCCUCACGAUGUGUUGGCCUCGCCACCGCCUCCAGAGUGGGCGGCGUCCGCGCCAGCAGCGCACCACAUGCAGGGCACGGCGGCUUUUCAUCGCCAGGCAUCGCUGAGCGGCCCUCCCUUCAACCCGCACAUGCCAAGACCGGCAGGCCAAUGCCACCCGCAGGCAGGCGCGGUUCCGUCGCAACCGCUGUCGCCGUGGUCGUUGCCCCUUGAGCAGUCGCGGACCGCGCUCUCGCAGGGCGGCAGCGACGAGCCCAACAAGCCAGUCGACCUCUGCGCGCCGGCCUUUGCCUUUCCGCCGCGCGAUUCCCUCGCCCCUCGCCAAGCCUCGCGUGGAAUGCCGUCAGACUGCGCCGUAGCCGAUGCGCGAGACGCCCGCGCUAGGGACGCAGACUACUGCGCUCAGACCUUUCCGACGCUGCUCAACCAUUCCGCCCAUCGACCGCCCCAACCUCACCCACGCCUGGACCAGCAGCGGCACGAGGAGGAGCAGCAGCAACAGCAGCAGCAGCACAGCCUCUCACACCUUGAGCAUCACCAGCACCAGCACCAUUACCAGCAACACCAGCUGCAGGGGCAACAGCAGCACCGCCAGCAGCAGCAGCAAGUGCAGGGUCACGUCGACUCGCUGGUGACGCCGCCGUUGGAUCCGAGCUCGACCUUUUCGUCUCCGCCCCAGGCCGUGCCCGCCUUUGAGCUUCAGGAUCCACUCAAGUCGGACAGCCUCUCGAACUUCCCCCUGAGCCAGGGCUGGUGCGGCUUCCAGGCGCCCAUGGCCAGCCCGCUGCCGCUGCCACCGGCCCGACGCGCCUCGGACCUGGCCUACCACCGGCCGAUCCAGAUGCAGUCCAGGCUCGAGGCCCAGUACGCGAUCAACGUCCUGCCCGCCGGCUCGAUGGGAGGCGCGCCGUCGAGCCAGAGCGAGUUGGUCAGCCAGCCCGUGGCUCCCGCCAGCCACUCGCUCGAGAUGGCCUGGUCGGGCCUCGAAGCGACCACCGUCAAGGCCCCGGGCGGAGAGCACGGCGCGUUGCUCGGCGAAGGCCUCGGACUGAUCCCCGGUCCGCACGGUUCCGCCUAG